AUGGAUGAGGAGAUUGAAGCUAUAAAGAAAAAUGAUACUUGGGAAUUGACAAAUUUGCCUAUUGGAGUAAAGAAAGUUGGUGUGAAAUGGGUGUACAAGACAAAACUCAAUGAAAAUGGUGAGGUGGAGAAGUUACAAACUCAUGAGGGACGAGGAUGGAUAAGGGUGGAUAACAGUCGCUAUAAGCAAAUAAUUAGCAAUCUAAUGUAUCUGACUGCUACCCGACCUGAUACUAUGUUUGUUAUGAGUCUUUUAAGUAGGUCUAUAGAGUGUCCUACAGAGCUUCAUCUCCAAGUUGCCAAGAGAGUGUUGAGAUAUAUAAAAGAAACUUUUAACUUUGGGAUAUUCUACAGAAAGAAAGGAGAUGAAAAGUUGAUUGCUUAUACAAACAGUGAUUAUGUUGGAGAUUUGGAUGGCAGAAGGAGUAAUUCAGGCUAUAUUUUUUUGUUAAAUUCAGGAGUUGUUUCUUGGUUAUCAAAGAAACAACCAAUAGUUACUUUGUCUACCACUGAAACUGAAUUUGUUGCAGCGGCUUCAUGUGCUUGUUAA